AUGCGUACAGCUACUGUGAAGAGAGAUACGAAUGAGACCAAGAUCCAGAUAGUCAUUUCAUUAGAUGGGGGACAUAUUGCAGUAGAGAAGUCGAUAUUCCCUGAUAAGAAAGAAGAUGAACAUGCAUCUCAAGCAACUCAAUCUCAACGUAUCGACGUCAAUACUGGUAUUGGAUUCUUGGACCACAUGCUUCAUGCCUUGGCUAAGCAUUCUGGGUGGUCUUUAAUUGUGGAAUGUAUUGGAGACUUACACAUUGAUGAUCAUCAUACUGCUGAAGAUGUUGGUAUUGCCUUGGGGGUUGCAUUUCAUCAAGCACUUGGAGCUGUCAAGGGAGUCAAGAGAUUUGGUUCUGGAUUUGCUCCUCUCGAUGAAGCUCUCAGUAGAGCAGUGGUUGACUUAUCAAACAGACCAUACGCUGUGGUUGAAUUAGGGUUAGUUCGUGAAAAGAUCGGUGAUCUUUCAUGUGAAAUGAUUCCUCAUGUUAUUGAAAGUUUUGCACAAGGUGCCAAAAUCACUGUUCAUGUUGAUUGUUUAAGAGGAACUAAUGAUCAUCACAAAUCAGAAAGUGCCUUCAAAGCACUUGCUGUUGCCAUUAAGGAAGCCAUUUCAAGUAAUGGAACUAACGAUGUUCCAUCUACAAAAGGAGUUUUAUUCUAG